AUGAUAUUAGAAGUCUACGAAGAGGGAGGAAUCAAAGGAAUGUCAAUGUUAUCAGGCAAAGAUGAAAAUGGAAGGAUAGCAGUGACCAAAAAUGCUAACUGUUUACAAACAAUAGCUAAUUAUUUAAAAACAAAAGUGAGGAAUAAUUAUAUUCAUCCUCCCGGAGCAGCUAAACUCUUUCCCGGAUAUGAAUUGAAAAAAUAUGCUUCAUCACUGUUAUUGUUUGCAGCUCCUAACAACAAUAUAUCUUAUUUACUUAAUUCCAACUACCCAGCACCAUUGGAAUAUUUUUAUUUGGAUAAAUAUAGUGGUUUACUACAAGUAAGCUUAAUUGGUGGUAGAAUCCUAGACAGGGAUUUUGUCGCUGAAUCCUAUACUUUGAAUUUAAGAAUCCGUGAUAAUUAUAUUUAUAACAACACUUGGAAUUCCAAUGCAAUCGAUACAGUCAUAACAGUGGUUUUAGACGAUAUAAAUGAUCAAAUUCCGAAAUUACAAGAAGUAACUAACCCUAUAAUUGUGAAUGAAUAUACCAACCAAAGCAUUUCUGUUACGAAUAUUACUAUGGAUGAUCGUGAUGAUCCAAAAACUAAUAACACAAAAGCGAUAUUCAAGAUAUUAAAUAUGACUCUUCUCAAUCAAGGAUCAGAAAGUAAUAGAAUAAAAAGCUAUAUUCUAUGUCGUGAUCCGUUUAAAGUAAUAACAAUCAAUUAUAAAUAUGCGAACAUUUUGACAAACAGACCAUUAUUUGGAUGCUAUGGUACCUGGGCUUUAGAACUUUACGCUCAAGAUUUGGGAACAUAUCCAGGUUCUUUAAAUGACACUAAAAUUUAUUACAUAUAUGUUAGCGAUUAUAAUUAUAACGCACCAAAAAUAACAUAUCCAGUAAAUAAACAAAAAAUCGCUCUGAGUAUAAAUCAAACUUUAUUAACAACUUUAAAAGCUUACGAUGGCCAACCUCUGAAAGACUUCACAGCACAAGAUAGUGAUAAUGGUGAAAGUGGCAUUGUAACUUUUCAAAUAUCGAGCUAUAGUAACGAUCAUCAAUUUUUCAAAAUCGUCAGCACGAAUUUAAAUUCAGCUCAACUGCAAUUAACCAAACUACCAAUUAUUACAGAAAGCAAUACUUAUCAGAUAAAUCUCACAGCAACUGAUCAUGGAACACCAUCAAGGAACAUUUUUCAUGAAUUUAGUGUUAUAUUUGUAUCAGUACGUGGACCCGCAUUCUAUAAGAAUGAAUGGUGUAUUUGGAUAAAAGAAAAUACAACUACUUUGGAUGAAAAAAUAAAAAUUCCUGAAGCACAUGACAAUAUUGAAGACUCACAUACAAUCCCAAUUUAUUAUUUCAUCGAUGAUAAAGUUGGUGAUAAUGAGUAUUUUCAAUUGCAUAAGGAUUCCAGAGAAUUGUCCUUGAAAAAAAAAUUAGAUAGAGAAGAAAAAGAUGUACUGACGAUUCAGGUUAUUGCUACUGCAAGUAGUUUUGGGCCUCCAAGAGAUCCUGAAAAAGAAGCGAUUCUCAAUAUUACAAUUAUCGUUGUUGAUAUAAAUGACAACCCUCCUAUCUUUCAGAGCAAAUUUUAUUCUGCAGGUGUUGCCACAGGUGAUGUGAUAGACAACAUUAUUCUAACGGUCAAAGCAAUAGAUGCAGAUCUCAAUGAAACUUUAAAAUAUUAUAUUAAAUAUGAAAGUAUGAAUAUUUCUGAUCCAUCAUUGGCAGAGGCAGCAGCAAGAAAUCCUUUUAUUCUUGAUUCAAAUUCCGGCGAUUUAUUGUUGAAAUUUUCUCCAUCGACGGUAAUGGCAGGAUAUUUUUCUUUCACCAUUAUUGUAUAUGAUACAGACUUACAAAAUGCUGAUACAUCUUUGAUACAAGUCUAUAUUGUUUCGCAAGAUAACCGUGUAGAAUUUACAUUCAGAAAUAGUCCAUCAUAUGUUUCUGAACAAAAAUUGUUUAUUAUUGAUAUUUUUUAUACUGCCUUUAAAUAUAGAUGUAAUAUUGAUAAAAUAAGAGGUAUUUCAACAGCAAGGAACAGUCUUAAAAAUGAAACAAUCAUAACUUCACACUUCAUUGACGCUAAAAAUCAUUUACCUAUUACUGCUGAUGUGAUAGUUCUUGCUUGUGGUAAUCUACAAACUCUGACAAACUUGAAAGCUCUUCUUCAAUCCAAAUCAUUAUAUCUCAUUGAUGUCCCAACUGGUAGUUCAUCUGUUGUUGAUGAUACUGAACAGACAGUCCUUUGGAUUCUUCUGACUUUCACCAUUUUUUUCGCUAUCUGUACUAUCGCAUUAGCCGUGGCUUAUGUAACAAGAGUUAGAAGUUUACUGAGGCGGCUUAAUGGAGUAGCAGCAGGAAUUGAAUUAGACAAAAAAUCAGAUGAUACGAAAAUAUUACCAACAACAAAUCAUUUUGCUUUAUCAGGUUCUAAUCCAAUUUGGAAAUCAUCAAAACCCGUUAUUGAUGUUAGAGAUAAUAUAAGUCAAAUAAGUGGAAAUUCGGACCUCAUUGGAAUCGAAACUGACUCUAAUUUCAAUUAUAAUCAUAAUAACAUUAAUCCAUUUCAAGAAAGUAUAAGAAACACCGAAAAAAUAAAUAAAAGUUUUAUUGAAUGGCCAAAACUGAUUCUUGAGGAUUCAUCUGUCUCUGAAUAUCCUGAAGAAGAUAUUAAGUGUUAAAUGAAAUAGAAGCUAUGUAGUUUUUUUUAACCAUUACUCAAGUGUGCUAGAUUAAUACCAAUCAACGUCAAUAAAAAAGAAAUAAUUUCAAGAA